AUGAAUAAAGUCAACAUAAUGGCAAAGCUCAAGAAGAAUAAAAGAGGGAAGAAGACAAACCCGUUAGGCGAAAAGCCUAAAAGCAAGCAAGAUCAAAAAGACGAAUCUACAAGACAAUCAAAGAUCUUACCACUUAUAAACAAGUUGCAAAGCUCAGUUCCUAACGAGCGUGCCAUGGCUAUGGGUGCUAUAGGAAUUCUUGCAGAGGACACUAGAAUGAGAAAGCUACUUUUGAAAGAGAAACUAAUUCUGAUUUUAAUGGAACAAUGCCUUAAUGAUAGUAAUGAUGAAAUAGUAGUCGAGCUGUAUGGAUUACUUCGUAACUUGGCUAUUGAAGAGGGAUAUGAUGUUUGUAAGUUUUACUGGCGUUCUAAUAUUUGGGCUUCUAUUGAAGCAGGAAUUAACAAGAUUGAAACUUCGUUCAAGUUUUUAGAGGAGAAUGAAGCAUCAACGGGUUCUGCUGAUAAGAAAGCAAAGGAUAAGUCUAAAAUUCAAUUAUUAUAUGAUUUUACAGAAAACCUUUUAUCAUUAGUGGCAGGUAUUGCCAAUUCAUCUGAAGAUUUAUUUGAUGCUGUUUUGGAUAAAAUAGAUAUUCCUUUAGCGUUAGUGACAAACUUGUUGCAAUGGAACUCUCCUAAGCUUAGAGUGACUAUUAAAUUAUACAAUGCAUUAUUGAAUUUUCUUUUUGAAUUCACAGCUGAAUCGCUCCCAUUCAUCCAAAAGUUAGCACAAGUGCAAAACUUUCAAUUGGAUCAAUUAAUUGCUUGUGUAAAUGAUCCAGCUCAAGUUAACAACAAAUUAGGAAAGAUAUACGUUGAGGGUAUCAAGUUCAAUGUUUAUGAAGUAUUACACAAGUACAAUUUCAAACAAGAAUUAGCUACUGAAAUUUUGAGUACUGUAUUUGACGUAUCAACUACUAUCGAUUUAGCAAAAGUCAACGAAACUUUGUUCAAGCCAAUUGAUAAUGCAGAAGAUCCAAUUACUAAGAAUGAAAAUGGUGAACUUAGCGUACCUUUCCUCAGCAGUAAAGGUGAGGAGACCCCAGAAAAGAUACAAGCAAAUGCAGACCUUUUGUGUGUUGAAACCAGUCUUGAUUUGAUUGCAUCUCUCUUGGAAUUUAUAUCCACAAACGAAGAUUUAAUUGAGGAUCCUAUUAUUUUGAGUGAGAGCACAUUAUCAAUUUUGAUAGAAAAAGUAUAUCCAUUUAGUAUGGAAUUAUUGAAAUUUGAAAUUGAUCAUCAAUUUAAGCUUCAAUUGACAGAAAAAGCUUUGGUAGUAUUGAAUAAUUUGACUUGGUUAUUCUUGUCUAAUUCUGCUAUCCCAACUGAAUGGUAUGAAAGAUUAAUCAAUGUUAUUGAUAUUACCAAAAUAUUACUGUCGAAGGAGAAUAUCGAUUAUCAAAAACAAUGCCUCAACAUUUUAUGGGGUGCUUCAAAAUCAUUGGGACCUGAAAUCAGAGCAAAGUUAGAUGAAUCCAUGAUUGAAUCAUUAAUUAAAAUAAACCAAGAAUUCAUUUCUUCUAGCUUCCAAGAUGAAGUAGAAGGUAACUUAGAAGAUGACCGUUUAGCUAAAUUGGAGGUAUUCCUUACUGCUACCGGAUUCUUAGGUUCAAUUGCAUCUAUUGUGGAAAACACAGAUAUCACUAGAGUUAUUGCCGAGUUCUUGCUCCAACUGAUUACAUUUUUCCACGAUAAAUCUCAAUACAGUCUUUGCAAUGAAAUAGUCAUUGAGAGUCUUAAUUUGAUAUAUGAUAUAUUUGGAGAUAGUCUGUACCCAUAUGACAGAGCUGUGUUCUAUGAAGGUGGUUACAUUGAGCGUUUACAACAAAUUGAACCAAGGGUGAAGAUUAUGUAUAAAAGAAUUGACAAGAAUAGAAAUCCUCAAUUGAAAGUGAGAGGUGAAGAAGCCUUACUUAAUCUUGGACGGUUUAUACAGUAUAAACAAAGUGAAUAUGCUUAG